GAUCUCAAUUGAGUCAAUCAACAUCACGUUGGAUUUGAUUCAAGCUAAGGGUCUCAAACAUAACUAUAUUUUACUUAACGUAUAAAUCAUAAUAUAUAUAUGAUCAAACAAAAAUAAUGAAUAGUGCAAAAGUUCCAUUGUUACAAUAUUAAUAAAACGGAGGAAGUAUCUUAAAUCUUUCUCAAUUAAUCUCUCUCUAUUUCCAUUUCCCUCCAAUUUCAAUGCCUAUGACUCUUAUGAGCAUCUUCUUCUUCUUCUCUCCUGAUCAAACGUGUCCAUCUCCACACCCCCAAACUCUCCCAAACUCCCACGUGUCAUCACUUCCUCCCACCUCACCUUCAUCUUCCUCCUUCUCCUACUCCACCUCCAUUUUCUCUCUCCUCCAUCAAAACCAAAACCAGAACAUCUGAAAUCCCCAAAAUGCCCCGCCACAAACUCGCCCAUCAAACCCUCAGAUUCUUCUCCACCCAAAACACCCACCUCCAAGACGUGGGUCCCCUCUCCUCCCGCCUCAAAUCCCGGUCCGUCAUCCGGUUCACCGGUCCAGACUCCGUCAAAUUCCUUCAAGGUUUGCUCACCAAUGAUGUUCGCCAAUUCGAUGAUUCUGUUCAUGACAAAGUCUCCAACUUGGCGUCCACCAAUAUGCCCACUGUCGGAACUCGCCCGGUUUACGCGGCAUUGUUGAACCCUCAAGGUCGGUUUUUGUUUGAUUUUUUCCUCUAUAGACCUCCUCGCCUUGAUGAGAAGCUUGACCCGACGGGCUCUGGGCCCGGCCCAAGGGAUGAUGAGAUGGGGUUGUUUGCGGAUGUUGAUGGGUCGAUGGUGGAUGAGCUAGUUGAAACUCUCAAGAGAUAUCGGUUGAGGUCUAAGGUUGACAUUGAGCACAUGGGAGAUGAAUUCUGUUGUUGGCAAAGGUUUGGUGGAAAUUUGUCUGAUAAAUCUUCAUCUGUCGAAGAACCAGAGGUCGCUGGUGUAGGUUAUGGUGGGAGUAUUGAUAGCUCUUCUAUGUCAUCUGCUCAAGGGAGUGAAAGGGGGUGGCAGUGGUUCAAGGAUCCAAGGUUGGAUUGUCUUGGCUUUAGAGGGAUAUUUCCCUCCGGGGCUCCACCUCCGUUGGUUGAGGCUGGCAAAGAAGUCGCUGAAGAAAAUUAUCUGCUAUGGAGAUUAGAGAAAGGGGUUGCAGAAGGUCCAAACGAGAUCCCAAAAGAUGAAGCCAUUCCUCUAGAAUACAAUCUUGCAGGCCUUAAUGCAAUAAGUUUUGAUAAGGGAUGCUACGUGGGACAAGAAUUGGUUGCUCGAACUCAUCAUCGGGGUGUCAUCCGAAAACGUGUGCUUCCUUUGAAGUUUCUUGAUGAUAACGGCAAAGAGGUAGAGCAGAAAGUCGCUCCCAAGUCGGUAGUGGUAAAUGCAUCAUCAGGCAAGAAGGUCGGGGCUGUGACUACUGCCCUUGGGUCUCGUGGAUUAGGUCUUCUGCGUUUGGAGGAAGCCUUCAAAGGAUCUAGUGCACUUGCUAUACAAGGAAAUGAAGAUGUGAAGGUUGUUGCUAUUAGACCCAAAUGGUGGCCAGCCGAGUGGUUUCUUGAUAAUCAGGAGCGUGCUGAUACUGCUUGAGUUUCUGGUGCUCCAAUGCCCUCUUUUUCUUUGUGUCUUGGAUUGCUUUUGAGUAAGUUUUGCAGCUUCAAUCUAUAGGACUUAGACCAGCUGUUGUAGUGGAAAUAAAGUGACUUUUUUUAAAACAUUAUACUACUUGUCUACGUCUUUGAAGAAUACUGAUACCAUUAACGAGAAGUCGAGAAUAGAUAGUUCUUUGGAUAACAAAAUGUAGUCCGUUGAAGAUAUGUUGAACCCAGCAAGAUGAAUAAAAAAUCUGUUUUUGACUAA